AUUUUGUGUAGAUUUAUCUACCAGACUCCAGCAUUGCCAGUGAUGGAUCCGGAGGAAGAAAGUCAUUACGAUUCUUUCGAAUUUAUCGAUCUGGCCGGCAGAGAUCUUCAAACCAUUCCUAUUUUCCUUCAUCUUCACGCUCACAACAUUAUCAUCCUCAACAUAUCUCGGAAUCCCAUGACGGACAUCCCACUGGAUUUCAUCCAGGCCUGUACCGGGUUGAAGGAAUUGCGAAUGUCCAACAUGGCUCUCAAACGUAUUCCAGCUUCCGUACCUGCCAGCACGACUCUUGCUCGAUUGGACGUUUCGUGUAACCGAAUCGCGGAUCUCGAAUCAGUCCCAUUGCACGAGAUCCAGUCUCUUCUCUCACUCAAGUUGCAGAAUAACAGGUUGAUAUCGAUUCCAAGUUAUUUCGCCAUGAUGCGAGGUUUGAAAUACCUCAAUAUCUCCAAUAACAAAUUCGACACUUUCCCUCGUGUCGUAUGCGAAAUGAGUAAUCUAGUCGACUUGGACAUCUCUUUCAAUGAAAUCGCCGAUUUACCCAGUGAAAUGUCCAAUUUGAAAAGCUUGGAACGACUCAUGGCAUUUGGAAAUGAGAUUUCCACCUUUCCCCAGAGUUUCAGUACCUUGGCAAAUUUACGAAUACUCGAUGUGCGGCGGAACAAAUUGGUCGACCUCACUUCCGUCUAUGCCUUACCUAAUCUCGAAACGCUACAAGCCGACUAUGGCAAUUUGGUCACCCUCGACCUCCAGAUAGGAGCUCGGGUUCGACAAUUCUCAGUUCCACACAACUCGAUCACCCGAUUCACCCUCGCUCCUCUGCCAGGUGUGGCAGCUCGGACCUAUUCUCUUACUCAUUUGAACCUAUCCCACGGGAAGAUUUCCACCUUGGCGGAUGAGGCUCUGAGCGGAUUGGUCAAUCUGAUCGAUCUAAAUCUCAACUUCAACCAGUUCACACGUCUUCCACCUACCAUGGAUAGACUUACAAGUCUACAAAUUUUCAGUUGUACAGAUAACCUCCUCGAGUCGAUCCCUCAGGGAUUCGUCAAGAUGCAAUCGUUGCAUACGAUCAACUUACACAAUAACAACAUCAAAGAUCUUCCUGGUGAUUUAUGGGGUUGUGGAUCAUUGAAAUCGAUCAACGUGUCGUCAAACUUACUCGAAGCUAUCCCCGAACCACCUGCAAACCUCUUUGAAAUGAUCCCUGCUGAAACGAGACGUAGGAUGUCGGUCGAUUCCAAUAGCUCCAUGACUGGUUCUCGUCUACCGGUGACGUUGAGCUUGGAGAAAGUACUUCUUGCCGAUAAUCGAUUGAACGAUGACGCUUUUCACGCCAUUGCACCUUUGACCAAGUUGAAAGUUUUGAACUUGAGUUUCAACGAAAUAUUUGAAAUCCCGCCAUACACCUUGUCUCAAGUGACGUCUUUGGAAGAGCUUUAUCUCUCAGGUAACAAACUCACUUCACUCCCUUCGGAAGACCUGGAGAAAUUGCAAAAUCUUCAAGUGCUUUACCUCAACGGUAACAAACUACAAACUCUUCCCUCCGAGCUUGGUGCGAUAAAGACUUUGAAACAUCUAGAUGUGGGGAGUAACGUUCUCAAGUAUAACAUUGCCAAUUGGCCCUACGAUUGGAACUGGAAUUGGAACACUUCUCUGAGAUAUCUAAAUCUUUCAGGUAACAAGAGGCUCGAGAUCAAACCGACUUCAGCUCAGGAUAUGUCUCAUGCCACAACACUUCGAAAAGAAUUAUCAGACUUUACCGCCCUCACCGAGUUGCGCGUGUUGGGGUUGAUGGAUGUCACUCUUCGUAUUCCUUCUUUACCAGAUGAAAGCGAGGCUAAACGUGUCCGAACCUCAUUCUCCGAUAUCAACAACAUGGCUUAUGGUAUAUCCGACAUGCUUGGGAGUAUAGAUCAUUUGGCCAUGUUCGAUCUUGUCGUUCCUAAUUUCCGAGGCAGGGAGAACGAAUGUCUUUUUGGAAUGUUUGGAAGAUCCGCCCCUGUCGUUCCAUCUGGCAAAAUCCCUAAAUAUCUUCAAGAGAAUUUCGCAGAGCAACUCAGCGUUCAAUUGGACAGUCUCUCGAGUAGUGAAGAACCUUCGACUGCACUUAGAAGAACUUUCUUGUUCUCCGAUCGUAAAGUCUACGAUUAUCUGGUAUCUGGUGUUACAAACUCGCAACGUAAACAAUCUACAGUAUCGAUGACUCCUUCCGACCACUUGAGCAAUUCAUGGAAUACUCCUUCUGGUCUGGAUCAACCUUGGGCACCAGCCGUCGGGUCGGUCUUUCGAACAGGUGCUACAGGAGCUGUCGUCUAUCUCAUCGAUAAAACCCUUCACGUGGGAAAUAUCGGUGAUAUGCUCGUGGUCAUUUCACGUAAAGGUGAAGCAGAGUUAUUGUCCAAACCUCACGUCCCGACAGAUCGUGAGGAAACCGCGAGGAUCAGGAAUGCUGAAGCUUGGGUUUGUACACGAGGUUAUGUCAACAGUGAUAAAGAGAUGGACGUCUCACGAGCUUGGGGGUAUUGGUCACAUUUCCCAGCUGUCAAUGCCGCACCUGAAAUACGUACUCGCGUUUUGGCGGAAUCAGACGAAUUUGUCAUUAUCGGUAAUCAUGCCCUAUGGCAAUGUUGUUCGUAUCAGACGGCUGUGGAUAUCGCUCGGACUGAACGAGAUGAUCCUAUGAUGGCCGCUCAAAAGUUGCGGGAUUUCGCCAUCUCUUACGGUGCAGAUGGGAGUGUCAUGGUUAUGGUCGUCAAUGUUUCCGAUCUGUUCUUUAGCAAAAGUAGGCCUCGAGGUGGGGGAUCUGGAUCUCAAGUCCCUGCCGAUGGAGGAGAAGCGUAUUUCGCAGGAUUGAAACGAAACAUACGUCGAAGAUAUGAAGAAGUUGGAGAUAGAACUCUGAAUCGAUUACAACAAGAAAUCGAACCUCCAACUGGACAAGUAGCCAUUGUUUUCACUGAUAUUGUCAAUUCCACACAUUUAUGGGAAACCAAUCCUGGAAUGCCGACGGCAAUCAAAAUGCACCAUAAUCUAAUGAGAAGACAAUUACGUUUGGAUGAAGGAUACGAAGUGAAAACUGAAGGAGAUUCAUUCAUGGUUUCAUUCCAAACCAUCACCGCUGCUUUACUCUGGUGUUUCAAUUGUCAACUUGGAUUAUUAUCACAAGAAUGGCCAAGAGAAUUAUUAGAAUGUCCGGAUGGUGGAAUCAUUUACGAUUCUGAAGGUAACAUCGUUCAUCGUGGUUUACGUGUACGUAUGGGAGUACAUUGGGGUCAACCUCAAUGUGAAAGAGAUCCAAUAACUCGUCGAAUGGAUUAUUACGGUCCUAUGGUCAAUCGAGCUGCAAGAAUAAACGCAAGUGCUGAUGGAGGUCAACUCAUGGCAAGUCAAGAUGUCAUCAAUGAAAUCGAACUCAUGAGAGAAUAUCUUGAUUCUCUCGAUGAGACCGCAUUGGAAGAUAUGCCACAUGAAUUGAAAAGGGAAUUACAAGAAUUACGUAGGAUAGGUGUUGAAUCUAGAGAUAUGGGAGAAAGGAAAUUAAAAGGUUUAGAAGUACCUGAAAGACUUUAUUUAUUAUAUCCUAAAGUCUUAGUUGGAAGAUUAGAACUGUCUAGUGAUUUAAGAGCUUCAGUGGAAGUUGGUGAUCAUAGACCUUUGGCACCUACAAGACAAAUUGAUAUUGAUCAAGUUAGACAAUUAUCUUUGAUAGUUUUAAGACUUGAAAAUUUAAGUGUUAACACGAAGCCGAAUGGAUCAAGUGGUGGAAUGGCGAUAGGAACAGAAAUUCAAAGAUGGAAAUUAAAACCUCCCGUUGCCCAUUUAGGUCCACAGAUUCGAGAAGAAAUGACGGAUGAGGAAUUAUGUUUAGUGGUUGAAUCUCUUGUGACAAGGGCGGAAAAUUGUUUGUCUACUCUGUAUUUGAAAAAUCUCGGAGGGUUCGGAGGUGUGAUGGCUGCUCUGGAACAAGCUACUAGGAUUGAUAAAAAGUUGUUAGUACAUGCCAUGUCGCUCAUGAGCGGGGCCAUGUGA